AGACAAAUAAGAUUAAUGCUAGCAACAUCUUCUAUCUAUGGCGCCUAUAGUAGCAAUUGUGACAGUUUUAUUAUUUUUUUCCGCUUCAGAUGCAGCAUCUCAUGAAUCGUCAGCAGUAUUUAUUAUAGGUGGCAACUCCACUGAUAUAAAGCAACACCCGUAUCAGGUAGCUAUAUGGUCUAACAAGGAGUUUCGUGGUUCUGGAGCUCUAGUGACUAAACACUGGGCGAUCUCUACAGCUUCUAUACUAGUUGGGUUCGAUGCUGACACCCUCGUCGUGCGAGCUCUUAGCAGCCUGGCAGGUUCUGGAGGAGAAGUGUUCAACGUCAGCAAGAAGCUGAUCCACCCAAGGUUCCGCUUCAGCAACAUGACCUUCGACGUGGCGCUGCUGAGGCUGAGGAGGCCUUUUAUGACGUCAUCGUCAGCUGAUAGUGUGACGUCACUGUCGACAAUCCCAUUGGCUCGCACUUCACUGCCGUUUGAUAGCACAGCUGUACUUUCUGGCUGGGGUUCAACCACGAAGACGGCCAAGAUGUCAGAUCAGCUGUUGCAGACGUCGGUGAGUCCAGUGUGUUUGACAGAAUGUCAACAAUCAUACGAGAGGCGAUUGUUGCGAACUGUCUUCUGCGCCGCAGCUGAUCAUGUGUACGGGCCUUGCUGGGGUGACAGUGGGGAUCUGCUCGUCUACAAUGGUAAGUUGUACGGACUGUUAUCGUGGAACCAAGGAUGCUACGACCAAGCAGUACCCUCAGUGUUCACUGAUAUACACAAAGUCCGACCCUGGGUGUUCAGGGCUAUCAGGAGGCACUCUCAUCAGGAAUUGUAAAUAUUACAACAUACAUCGAUACUAAUGGAAAUAUAAAUUGUUUUAAAUACAGUAGAAGAAAUGCCAAUAAAGA